AUGGUUACGACCACUUAUAAAAAGUUGAUCAAGUCCGACGGACCAGGCAGCGAGUUGGAACGCCAAGUAGCCGACUACCUGACCGAGCUCACGGGAUCCGAAGACCUGAAGAACCAACUCUCCGAGUUGUACUUCGUUGGAGCUGAUGUAGGUUUUUUGAAUAUUGUUUUUGUUGGUUUAGAUAUGGACAUAAUUUGAUGGCUGGAUUUUUUAGAGUAAGGCUGGGUGACUGAAAAUCUCUGCUUUGUCGGGACUUAAGGAUGCAAUAGGGUGAAUAAUUGUUUUAGUAGAUGCUUAAGAUAAUGUUAAAGCUUAUUUAGUAAGAAUUUUAAGAGACUUUGCUUUAAUUUACAAGUUAUGCACAGUUUAUGUUACACUUGACAAUAACACGAAAUUUCUAAAAAUCUUUAAUUUUAUUGAAUAAUUUUAAAAUAUUGUUGAAGUAAAACUCAAAGCUUUUUUUAAAGUUGUUUAUGCUUACUUUUAAAGCACCAACACUAAAUUAUGGAUGUUUUAAUAACAUUAAACUACUUCUUUUAACGGUUGGUUAAAAAUGUUAUUUUUAGAAAUACGAAUUCGGAAACAAGAACGUUAUCCUUAUCUGGGUACCAGUCCCUCAACUCCGUGACUACCAACGCAUCCACAGCAAAUUGGUCAGAGAAUUGGAGAAGAAAUUCAGCGGGUCUCAUGUUGUUUUCGUUGCUAAGGUAAGGUUUAACUUCAGUUUUUUGAUACAGUUGGAAGUUGUAUGCUUUUCUUUGUAUAUUUGUUAGAGCUUUAUUGAAAAAUCUUUGGUUUAUUGCUGAAACUGAAAAUAGAUCUUGCUGGGGAGAAGAUAGUUCAAUUUUGAGAAAUUCUAUGCAUAAAAAAUUCAUUAUUGUGCUUUUUCUUUAAAGCUCAUUUUCCUAGAUAUGUUAACUUACUAACUAUACUCUUAUUUCAGCGCCGUAUCCUCCCCAAGCCUCUCCGUGGCAAAAACCGUCUGCCAGAAAAGCAAAAGCGACCACGUUCCCGCACCUUGACCGCCGUUCAAGAUGGCUACCUCGCCGACUUGGUCUACCCAGCCGAGAUUGUCGGACGCAGAAUCCGCAUCAAGUUGGAUGGCAAGCAAGUGCACAAGGUCCACCUCGACAAGGCUCAACUCACCAACGUUGAACACAAGGUCGACUCUUUCAGCUCCGUCUACAAACAACUGACCGGCAAGGAAGUCGUCUUCGAAUUCCCUGAACCACUAUUCUAA